AUGCGUUCCGACACCGCUUACGCUGUCGGCCUUUUGGCCGGCCUCAUCACCACUGCCGCCGCCCGGCCCGACCUUAGGUACCAACAGAUUCGACGACAGAACGCUCAGGAUUGUUUGGAGGACUUGGAGGAUAUCUUGGAUGACGCGCCGACAACAUCGCUAUGGCCUGCGACAGCAUGCGACUUCACAUCGACCCUCUCAGGGGCUGAGCUCACAACCAGCUAUGCGUCGUUCAGGAGUAAGAUGGCCUCCUGGUACAGCAAUGACUUGGACGACAUUACCAAGCUUGAGAGUAGCUGCACGCAAUAUGUAUCGGUAUUCGACUCGAUUCGAUAUUGUUAUGUGACGGGGCCGUAUCCAACAGAGUCCUCGUCAACAACAUCGGCAUCGGCAACGGCAACGGCGGCAACCACCACAGCAGGAUCGUCGACGGCUAGCAGGACCUCAACAGGAGCUACGAACACAUCAACAACAAGUGCGACAUCAACUUCAACGCCGGAUGAUGGGGGAGGUCUAGAUCCUGGCGCGAAAGCUGGUCUUGCCAUUGGCAUCGUCCUAGCCGUCGUCCUCAUACUCUUCAUCUGCUGGAAGUUCUUCCAGAGAUACCGAUCAAGCAGGUUAGAUGGAGCCGGGGAGCAUCCCAUGAAGGGGGACGUCGAACCUCAGAUGCAUUCGGCCGCAGCGAUUGGCACGGCUGGCGCAGCUGGGGCCGGUGCCGGCGCUGCUAUGGCGGCGGCGGCAGCCCGGACGAAAUUGGCACCGCCGGAAAACUCAGUAUAUGCGUUCAAGUCGGAGCUGAGCGGCGACUCGCGGCCGGUCUCGGAGCUUGACCCGGCGGCUGCCGUGUCUGCUAGACCAUCCGACCCGCCCCGGCACAUCGCCGAGCUCGAUCCGGAGCCACCUACUCAAUUAAGUGAGCUACCGGCCGAUAACUACGACCCGACGGCGAACAAUUCGCCCCCGCCAGCAUACGUCUCUCCAAUGCCCGACGGCUCCAACCGAAACACCCUCGACACAGCUGUAUCGCCGCUUUCUCCAGACUCGAGCACAAUUCAGGGACAGGGAUUGGGAAUAACAACUGGCGAAGAGAUAUCUCAAGGGUCCAGCAAUAGCUCUGGAAACGCCCCCUUGGUGCCACAGACACAAAAUGACACAGUACAACAUGGAUGGGGUCGAGGUUGGCUUCGCAGGGAAUGA